UUGCAGCCUCCGAACAAGGUCAGACCCCCAGGCGUCUGGUAACCCUAAGCCCAGGGCGGCCCUAAUAAGGGGGUUGCAACAUAGUAACCAGCUGAGGAACCCCAACGUUCCAUCUGCAAUCAGGGACACGCCCCCCAUUGUCUCAACAUUCCGCCUCCUUAACAAGGGGCUUCCCCCCUCUGUUGCCCUCCUGAAGGGGCUGUUUUGCCUAAGCAUAGAGAUAACCCCAGAUACACCCACAAAGACCUGCCCAGUUUCCCCAAAAAUGGCCAGCCAAUCAGAUCCCUGGGAUGUCCCACCUUGUAGACCUCAACUUGUAUAAAAUCUUUGCUUUCCCAUUGUUCGGGGUCCCUCUUUGUUGUAAAAGCUUAGCCCCUAUCCUGGUGUCCUCCAUCCAGCAGGCACAGCCUUAAAAUCGAAUAUUGUCUAGCUUUUUGAGUGUCUUGUUUUUCUUUCUGGACUGUUUUCACAACUUUCAAACUUCUAUGUAUCGUGACCUUGUAAACUGUCUGCUUCUUCCUUUCUCUCGUCCGUCAACAGACUCAGCAGCCUGGAUUUACGUUACUUCAUUUAUUUCCUGAUUCCAGUCACGGUCUUCAAUCCAGCCCCUUCAAAUCUACAAUUUCUGGAGAUCUCAUGACUCGUCCUGCGUCUCUCGGGUGAAAUUUGAAAAGCGCGUCGUCGAUUCUAUAUUGCCGCUAGCCGUUUUCCUUUCUGUUAAUAAUAAUUAGUAUUUUUAUACUGCCCUUUGAGUAAAAAUGACUUCAGUUAAGAGAAAAUGUAAAUUUUCAGACAGUAUGAAGAGUAAGUACCCCUGUUUCGUUCAAGGACGCAAUGAAAACGAAGCAAAGUGUUUGGUUUGUGACAGCUACCUGUCCAUUGCUAAUAAGGGGUCUGCCGAUUUGAGGCGUCACGUUGACACGGAGAAGCACAUGGUGAGGGGUUCAGCUUCAUCAAGCAAAAUAGCAUCAUUUUUUCAGCCGAAACACUCAGCUGUAUUUAAAAAAGUCCUCGCUGCCGAAGCAACGUUAGCAUUUCAUACAGUUACGCAUCUUCCAUCCUACGAAUCACUGGAGUGCGCCACUAGUUGGACGUGCGCGUUGUUGGGUGACGCAGAAACAGCAAAAGAUAGACCAUGCGCUAGAACCAAAAUGGAGGCCAUUAUAAACCAUGUCAUUGCACCCCAUACCAUUUCCGAACUCCUAAAGGAUUUAAGGGACAUGACGUGCUUCGGAAUUUCAACGGAUGCCAGCAACCACGGAGCCCAGAAGAUUUUCCCACUCGUCCUCCAGUACUUCGACUGGAAAGCCGGUGGAAUCCAGACGAAAGUUCUCGAGCUCGACACGAUCUCGCAUGAAACGCCUGCAACGAUAUCACAGUACCUCUGGCAAACAUUGGCGGGAUAUGAACUGUCCUCAAAAUGUGUUGCAUUCGCGGGGGACACUGUGAACGUGAACUUUGGAGGGGUCAGUAGGAAAGAUGGUAAAAACGUGUUUUCAUGCUUGAAGGAAAAUCUUAACCAGCCUAUCGUUGCUGUCGGGUGCCCGGUUCGUGUCCUCCACAACUGCAUUCAACACGGUGCUGAUUUGUUGAAAGUCGAUGUGGAGGCCGUCGUCUUGAAGAUCUUCAAUUACUUUUCUGUAUAUACGGUUCGGACCGAGAGUUUGAAAGACUUUUGCGAAUAUAUAGACAUUAACUAUCAUGAAUUAUUAUCUCACACUAAAACGAGAUGGCUUAGUCUGUUUCCAGCCAUAGAGGCAUUGUUGGAGGUCUUCCCAGCCCUGCAGGACUAUUUUCGGUCUGUAACCCAGCCACCAGUGACGAUCCAGAAUUUUUUCGAGAACGACUUUGCAGACGUUUAUGUUUGGUUUCUGCACUCGUUGAUGUCUGUCUUCCAGGGUAAAAUUGCAGUGAUGGAAAGGGAAGCAUUGUCAGUCAUAGAGGUGGUGAAUCUCCUCCAGUCAACGGUUGAAGUUCUGAAAGGCAGAUUGAGUGAGACGUUUAUGUCUCUGAAAGUUAGAGAACUUGUGAAAAAACUGCACGAUCAAGGUCUGGAGAAAGAGUGUGAAUAUUUCACCGCAGAGAUUAAGUUGGUGUAUGAAGAGUGCAUUAAGUAUUUGGAAAGGUGGUUAAAACCUUUAGAUGAAUUUCACUGUUUUUCCUGGAUGUGUUUGGACGCAAGGAAGAACAUCUCAUUUGACGAGCUGUUACCGUGCAUCCUGUAUCUGAAGGAAAUGGGUAUUACUGUGGAUGACGUCCAAUUAUUCGACCAGUACUGCCGUCUUAAAAUAUUUGUAAAGGAGCAGCAAGACCCCUUCUUUGAAGAUCCCUUGCAUGUACAGUGGUGCUCUUACUUCAGAAGCUGCAAAAAUGCAAGUUGUUUCUCAGAGUUGCUCAAAAUUUGUGAAUUUUUCUUCUGCGUUCCUGGACACAACGCUAAUGUCGAGAGGGUAUUCUCUCUGAUAAAUGCACAAUGGACAAAGGAAAGAAACCAGCUAUCCAUGGGUUCUGUUAAAGGAAAUGUUCUGACCAAAUACAACAUGAAAAAUGUUACCUGCGAGGAGUUCUACGCAUAUGUUCUUGGAAAUGAAGAUUUGUUGGACAAGGUUGGGUCUUUUGAAAAAUAUUAAGUUCCAUGCGUAUGUUCUUGAAUAGAAAGAUUUGUUGGACAAGGUUGAAUCUUUUGAAAAAUAUUAAGUUCCAUGCGUAUGUUCUUGAAUAGAAAGAUUUGUUGGACAAGGUUGAAUCUUUUGAAAAAUAUUAAGUUCCAUGCGUAUGUUCUUGAAUAGAAAGAUUUGUUGGACAAGGUUGAAUCUUUUGAAAAAUAUUAAGUUCCAUGCGUAUGUUCUUGAAUAGAAAGAUUUGUUGGACAAGGUUGAAUCUUUUGAAAAAUAUUAAGUUCCAUGCGUAUGUUCUUGAAUAGAAAGAUUUGUUGGACAAGGUUGGAUCUUUUGAAAAAUAUUAAGUUCCAUGCGAAUGUUCUUGAAUAGAAAGCUUGUUGGACAAGGUUGGAUCUUUUGAAAAAUAUUAAUUUCCAUGCGUAUGUUCUUGAAUAGAAAGAUUUGUUGGACAAGGUUGGAUCUUCUGAAAAAUAUUAAUUUCCAUAUUUAUAUUCUUGAAGAGCAAGAUUUGCUGGACAAAGUUGGAUCUUCUGACAAAUAUUAAUUUCCAUGCAUAUGUUCUUGAAAAGAAAGAUUUGUUGGAAAAAUAUUGCGAGUGAAAACCAGUCUUUCUGAUGCUAGAAAAAGUAAUUGCAUAUACAUGUAGAUCUUAUGUAGAUCUAAGUUCAUUAUUUUGCAGUUUUUCACUGUAAUUUUUGUCACAGACGCCAAAAAAGUUUGUGUGUUCUCCUUUUCUCCCCCUUUGUCCUCCUUGACUGUUCAGAUAUCUGGUCACCCUAUUGCCAGGGGACUCUCUUUUGGCAAGACAGAGUUUAAAAAAAAAAAGUUUGCUCAUUUUAUUUUUAAUCCAGUAUUUUAGACAACAAAAUGUUUUCCAAAGCAAGCAGGGGUCUUCAGAUUCAUCUCAGCUUUCAUUUUAAGAUAGGUUUAGUCAGAUUCCUUAAUGGGUAAUCUAUAGAGGUAUAUCACUUGAUCUAUCAAUUAUAGAUUUAUAUGUAGAAUUGUGUAGAAUUCCUUAUUAGGGUCAUUGACCAACAAUAGAAACCAAUAAAGCACAUAAGGUAGACAGUAGAGCAGUAAGACGACUUUUAUUUGUAUAUUUGGGUCUUUCAGUCAGUCUUGACUCCUGGCCCAAAGUCACCUAUAAGGUAAGAUUAGCAGAUGACACAUAUUCUGACAUUAACUCAUUAUUAGCCUUUGCUGAAUUUUACAAACUAUAAGGCUAAAGUUUGCAAUGUUUAGGUAUUGAGUAAGCUGUGCCUACAUUAACAGUGAUUCAGAGGAUUGGCUUUGGACCAUGCUUAAGGACAAACAACAUCUCUCUCCACUAUUCCUUACAUCAGACCUCUUUUUCAGCCCUCUAUGUCAGCCUGAAAGGAAAAAAAGAAAAGAUGUGUCUGCUGUAAGAGUCACAUGACUUGGUCCAUUAAAGCAGCCGUAGCUUUUUUCAGGUUCAUAUAGAAGACUGUGUCCACCGUUCCCAAUAAAAGCUGGCUGUUUGGAAGGAUAGCAGAGGUGCUAUGCUUAUGGCUACGUGAGGUGCAAAGCCCUUGCUCUGAAUCGUUUUCAAUAGCUCUAAUAUUAACCUGUGUCUCCAUUCCUUCCCAUUCCUUCCUAUUUCUCCUAACAUUGAUUAAUAUCUAAAUCUGUGUCCUGGGAUGCAUUUUCUCAAAAUCUGGCAUUAGACACAGCCUCCUUCAAAUCAAGCUGGGUGCCUAGAAGCUUCAUGGACAUGUCCAUGGAGUCCUCCUAGCAUCCAGAAAGAAGUAGCUGGCCCUGCUUUCUUCCCAACUGUUUUUUGGCUUCUCCGGCUGGCCCUCAUUCCUGGGAUCUCCUUGUGGUCUCCCAUCCAAGUUCUAACCAAGCCAAAUCUGGCCUACCUUCUGAUCCCAGACAAGAUCAGCGAUGUGCUGCCAGCUGCUCAGAUGUCCUUAAACGUAAUUUGCUUUUGGUGCCAGCUCCAGAGAUACAUCCAGGAGUUACAGAGCAGCCAACAACUGGAAUUCUCCAGGCAGAUCACAAAAUGAUUUAGACCACUGAAAAACAAACCUUGUGAAGCCCUAACAAGGAAGCAGAUGGCUAAAUAGCACAGAGAAGAUUGGAGAAUAAAGAUAUUUAAAAGCCACAGGAGCAGGAUAAUGACUAUCAAAAUGAAUUAUAAAGAUGGUUGGGAGAAGAGUUUUCCCUUGUCUCGUAAAAUGCCAACACACGUGCAGAUGUUGAGCAGAGCACGCUGCAGAACUCACAGCUGAGAAGAGCCUUUUCUCUGUAACCACCCAUUCAACCGGAGCUGGCAGGGACACCCAGAGAAUUGCCCGAAAGGGUGACUUCAGUUUUUUGAAAACUAAAAAAUAAACUUGAGCUUGACUCUUCAAAAAUAGCA